AUGACUUCGUUCAUUUCCCAUCUAAACAAAGAAUUCGCUAUUAAGGAUCUUGGGAAACUCAACUACUUCUUGGGAUUGGAGGUUACCUACACCCAAAAUGGUCUUUUCUUAAAUCAAUCUAAGUAUACUUUAGAUAUUUUGACUCGUGCAAAGAUGUUGGAUGCAAAACCUGCACCAACACCUUUAAGCACCAAUGUGCCGUUUGUUUCUACAGGUACUUUAUAUGCGGAUGCUACACAUUAUCGUUCCAUUGUAGGUGCUCUCCAGUAUUUGACGAUCACGAGACCUGAUAUAGCAUAUGCAGUGAAUCAAGUCAGUCAGUUUCUUCAUGCUCCAACUAUUGCUCACUUUCAGGAAGUCAAACGAAUUCUACGCUACCUCAAGGGGUCUCUUGCUUUUGGAUUACACUACAGUCGUUCAACUCACACCUCGUUACUUGGUUACUCUGAUGCUGAUUGGGCUCGCUGCUUGGAGACUCGACGAUCUACUUAUGGUUAUUCUAUUUUUUUGGGUGGCAAUCUAAUUUCAUGGAGUGCUAAAAAGCAACCAACCGUUGCGCGAUCUAGUUGUGAAUCUGAAUAUAGAGCCAUGGCCAACACUGCUGCAGAAAUUGUUUGGAUAACGCAUCUUCUUCAAGAACUUCAUGCUUUGCCUCCGGACCGUCCAACUAUUCUCUGUGACAAUCAAAGUGCUAUUUUUCUCACACAAAAUCCUAUUUCACACAAGCGAGCAAAACAUAUAGAUCUUGACUAUCAUUUUUUGCGUGAAUUGGUGUCGGCUGGGAAAUUAGCAACUAAAUUUGUUCCGACCAAGCUUCAGGUGGCUGACAUUUUUACCAAAAGUCUUCCUAGUUCUCAAUUUAAUAUCUUUCGGCACAUGCUUCGUAUUGGUCCUCCAUCGUUCAGCUUGAGGGGGGAUGUUAGAUAA